AUGGUUAAAGCUGUUGCUGUUUUGAGAGGAAGUGCCGGUGUCUCCGGUGUGGUUACUUUGGAGCAAGCCUCCGAACAGGACCCUACCACUAUCACCUACGAGAUUGCAGGCAACGACCCUAACGCUGAGCGUGGUUUCCACAUCCACGAGUUCGGUGACGUUACCAACGGCUGUGUCUCCGCUGGCCCUCACUUCAACCCUUUCAAGAAGACCCACGGUGCGCCACAGGACGAGAACAGACACGUCGGUGACUUGGGAAACAUCAAGACCGACGCCCAGGGUGUCGCCAAGGGUGUCAUCACCGACAGCCUCGUCAAGCUGAUCGGCCCUACCUCCGUCGUCGGCAGAUCCGUCGUCGUCCACGCCGGUACUGACGACCUCGGCAAGGGCGGUAACGAGGAGUCCCUGAAGACUGGUAACGCUGGCCCAAGACCAGCCUGCGGUGUCAUCGGCCUAACCAACUAA